AUGUCGCGGAGAAGAGUGAAAAGUAUAAAUUGUUUCUUCGUCUUUGACCAAACAACUGAAUCGACGACUAAGCCCUCCCUCCUUCAAUUCCCCCACCCCCUAUGUUACACUAACUCACCACCGUCUCUGCGGCCUACCAACCCUGUUCCACUCUGCUUCAUUGGUGACAGAGUGUCAACAUUUCCAGGGCCUUUGAUUUGGGAGAUCGUGAAGAAGAACAACUCCUUUCUGGUCAAAGAGUUCGGCAAUGGAACCGCCAUGGUUCAAUUCAGCAAGGAGAGCAACAAUCUCAACUCCUACAAACACUCAGGGUUAGCAAACUACAACACAGUGAUAAUACAACCUGGGGGCAAGGAUUUGUCAGUGUUGCUGGGAAUGACGAAGUCGAAGAAGCAGAACAAGCCUGCCUCUUUGCUUCAUAAGUCGGUGAUGAAGAAGGAAUUUCCACGAAUGGCUAAGGCUGUUGCCAAUCAGGUUGCAGAUAACUACUAUAGACCAGAUUUGAAAAGUGCAGCCCUUGGAAGGAUUAGUUCCGUUAACAGUAGUCUUAAAGUUGCCAAGUCUGGUGUGAAGAGGAGGAACAGACAGGCCAUCAAGAUGCAUGGUCGGCAGUGAGUUAAAGAAAAACAGCAUCAGGCUCUGUACUUUUUUCAGUUCUUUUCCAAUUGCUCCAUUUUGAGAGUCAAGUUACAUCCGUUUUCUUCAAUCUAUUUUGUAUUGUAAAGUAUCACCGUGAAUCUAGAUUUUGCGAUGCAAGCUCCGAGGUUAUAUUUGCUUUGAAUUUAUAGUAUAGCUG